AUGACGCGACUGUUCUUGUGCAAGACAGCGCGUUGGAAGGAAGAGAGUGAACUUUCUUUUUCCUUUUUUUUUUUUUUCUUUUUUCCUUUCUCUCUCUUUUGUCAUCAUUUCUUUCUUUUCUUUUGCUUCUCCCCUCUAACUGCGGCGGAGGUAACCGACAGCUGCAGCGAAAGUGGCAGCGAAAACAACAACCAUAAACCGAAAAGGAGAAGAAAAGGAAACACGGAGAUGAGGGCUUCCUACAGUCACGAUAGGGGCCCCUCCACUAGUCUGCCCCGUUCUUCGUCUGCAGGGCCAAAAGCCUUGCGUCGCCAAAGUACAGCGCAAUCACCAAAAUCCAGGAGGCGGGGCAGUCGAAAUAUGUCAGUUGUUGAUUUAUCGCGGAGGAAGUCACGACCUUUAAACGCUGAAGAGCCGUUGACGGAAAGCCGGCGACCGACCACCGCCCGCACGAUAGAAUAUUAUCUCUCACACAGACCAUCACGGCAAUCAUGCGGUGAGGCAACGUCAGCGGGUAAUCAAAAUCGGCAUAUUGUCCAAAUCGUGAGAAGCGUUCUUCCACAAGAAAUUAGAGCGCUGGAUUCGAUUGAGCUUGGGAUUUCCAAUCCGGGAUCUCUAACUUUAAUGAAGAUGCUGUUGCCCUUGGAGCAUGCCAAUUAUCCGUUCAAUGUACAUGAACGUCGAAAGCCCUUUCUCCCAGGGGAUGCCGUUGCAGUUAAGAUGGGACAACUUUCCAUGAGGGUUUCAUUUGCCCGUGUUGAAGACAUGGCACUGAUAGGCUCCAGAAGUUUGAAGAUAAAAAAUGCGCCGGUUUUAGUGAAUAGUGAACUGAUUGGAGAAGUCAAGUAUUCAUGUAUACAGCAUAUUGAUUUGGUAGUGCCCGCUGGGGAUGCACAACAUUUAAUGGUACGCCUCAGCGGGGUGAUUGGGUUUACGGUACAUUUGUGCUUCUCUGAAAGAUCACUCUGCUCCGUCUUUGUGAAAUUGCUGUUGUCACACUGCAAUGGGCACGUCACCCUUUCUGAUGAGGCUGGUGUUUUUUCCUCAAUGAGCCGUUCUGUAGUCUUUGAGUUCCCGCAGCGUGGCCCGUCAUUUUGUCCAGUCAACUGGCGUGCUAAAAGCUUAAGUUUAAAUGGGAACUUUGUAUUUCCAGAAAACGUCGAUCAGGACGGGGAUGAUACGGAGAACAGAUAA